AUGGCCGACGUAACGAACAACACGAAUAGAUAUGGCCUCAAGCUGCUAGAGAUCAAUGGAAUCACUGCCUUGGGCUCUAUCUUCCCUGUGGCUUUCUGUUUAAUCCCUUCCGAAGACACGAACGCAUUUACCUGGUGUUUUAUACAGCUUCGCGAGUGGUUACAGUCAAAGGCAAGGCUAAGAGGCGAGGCUGACGGCAAUGCCUUUAUCCCACACGUUAUCAUCACGGACUAUGACGCUGCUGCGCGCGCUGCAUUGUCGGCUACCUUCCCGGACUCGCAGCUACAGGUCUGUACGUGGCAUAUCAUGAAGAACAUCACUACAAACGCGAAGAAGCGCUGGCUUGGCGACUAUGACGAUGAUGACCCAUUUGACCCGCCGCAAGAGCCCCAAGACGAUGAAGACCCGGGCGCUCUGCAGCUACCGGAGCCACUGCCGGAAAAAGAGGCCCCUGUGCCUUCACAACAGCCUUCCGGUCCGUAG